GCGAAGCGCGGGCGCAGUGCGCAGCAGUCCCGCUAUCGCCAGCCGGGCUGUGGCGGGCGGGCUAGAGGCGGCCCCUGCAGGGCUGCGGUGUGGCCCGCUCCGUGCAGACUGCCGACCUCUUCGUCCCGAGCCGUCGUCAUCUCCCUGGAAGUGAGGUGAGGUGGGGCAAGGUGAGCUGAGCUGAGGUCCCGCAUUGAGGUCAUGAUGACAUGGUGAAGCUGAAAGUAGGACCCGGGAACCUUUCCUCUGCUUCAGUUUUAGUACUCUAGUGAAUUUGCCACCGGUUCCAUUUUUUCCACCAUGGCUAAGAGUGCAGAAGUGAAACUGGCAAUCUUUGGUCGAGCUGGAGUGGGGAAAUCAGCUCUUGUUGUACGCUUCCUGACCAAGCGGUUCAUCUGGGAGUAUGACCCUACUCUAGAGUCAACAUACCGUCACCAAGCAACGAUUGAUGAUGAAGUUGUUUCCAUGGAGAUACUAGACACAGCUGGUCAGGAGGAUGCUAUUCAGAAAGAAGGACACGUACGAUGGGGUGAAGGUUUUGUGCUGGUCUAUGACAUCACUGACAGGGGCAGCUUUGAGGAAGUGCUGCCACUGAAAAACUUGCUGGAUGAAGUUAAAAAGCCCAAAAACGUUACUCUCAUCCUAGUGGGAAACAAAGCUGACCUGGAUCAUUCCAGGCAGGUCAGCACAGAGGAGGGUGAAAAGCUGGCCACAGAACUAGCAUGCGCUUUUUAUGAGUGCUCUGCUUGCACUGGUGAAGGCAACAUCAUGGAAGCCUUCUAUGAGCUCUGCCGUGAGGUGCGACGUCGGAAGAUGGUUCAGGGCAAGACUCGGAGACGGAGCUCCACCACCCAUGUCAAACAGGCCAUUAACAAGAUGCUGACCAAAAUCAGCAGCUAAGAGAGUGGUGUUAAAGUACCAAAAUGUUACAGAGCAGUUUGGUUUGGAGUUGGGAGGAGGCAGCCAGAUCACAUGAUUGAUGCUUUAUUUUUUAAUGGGGAAAAAAAGAGAAAACAACUCACAAUUUCCUUUUUGAGUAACAUAAGCCUAGAUUUUUUUCCAGCUUUAAAUGAUUUUAGAGUGUUUGUGUCCACUCUACGUUAUUUCUGUCCAACAUCGAAGAGAUAUUCUAAAGGACUGGAUGACUCAGGGGAUGGGUAAUGAGACAGCACCUUAUGGCUCUAGGUUGCUGACUCAAGUAGAACCCAGAUUGUAUGAAACAGAGUCAUUAUCAUUCAAGAGCUUUCCAGUAGUCUAAGGAAACUAAGUCUCCAUCUAGCCACGGUCAUCACAAUUGGAUUUCUCAACAGAGACCAAGGACCCAAAUGCAAAAGUGCACUUGCAGAUUGCGGCAUUGUACUCCCUAUAGAUGGAGAAAAUCAGUCUCCAAAAUUGCUAAUGGGACACCCUUUACCAGCACUAAGUUGACACAGUUUCUAUUGUAACAAACCCAUUUUUUUCCAGCUCUAAUACUAGUGCCUACACUCUUAUGUAUGUAUUUAAUAUAGUAAAUGUGUCGCAUGCCAGAUGAAGAUUGUCAGUGAUGGAUGGAUUUCAGUGAGUCUGAAGUUCAUCUGCUUUUCCAGGUGUCUUAGAGCUGCAGAAUUGGGCAGGAAAUAGUACAUAAACAACAUUUCCAAUGACAUUUUAGUAUUUCCACCCCCAAGAACAGAAAUGAGUAUGCGGGGGGCAGGCAGGGGUGGAAAUCAAACUCUAAGAUAGACAAAACAUAAAUCAAUCAAUUUGGUAGUAGUUUAGAUUAAGUUUUAAUUUUGCCCUCAUUUAAUUAAAAAUGGAUCGUCUUUUUCUAGCUAAGACUAAAUAUGGGCCUCAAAGUUUGGGAAGGAUAAAGAUUCCAAAUCUAAACCUGUAUGUACCUAAAGUAAACUGACCUUUCUAUUACAAAAGCUUCCUAAGCAGUCAAAUGUUUAAAAAUCAGUUGGACUUUUUCUUGCUUGAGCCUAUGUCUUGUUUAAACCAUUACAGAAGAAGUUUUUAUGCUUUUGUGAUGUUUUUGUGGGAUACUAAGUUGCAUAUGCAUUUGAUUCAAUAUUUGUGAUUGGGGUAGAACGUUCCCCUUUUCUUUUUUCCUUCUCUACCUGUCAUUUGAGCAAACUGUCAGAUUUACCUGUACCUUACUGACUUAGUGGCUGCAUUUCUGAGGCCUUCCUCCAAGAAAAGGUAUACAGGAGCACAGGUUAGGGAGUACUGUAAGUGUUUUCAGAUUAUAGUCCUCUCUUAGGAUCUGUUUCAUACUUUGCGCAGCUAAGAAUGGUGUCAAGACUGGCAUCAUGCUGAGCAGCUUCUAGUAGGAUGAGAGCACAAAUGGAAAUAUUAGAAACUCUUUUUUGAUGACCAAUACACUUCUAUGCAACAUUCAGUUUUAUUCUCCACUGCUUUGCACUUGUCAGUUAUUUAUGCCUGUACAAAACCAGUGCAAAAUGGGUAUAAAACACUACUACAGUUGUAGGCAGGUAGGGAUAUUUGAUUUGUCUGCACUUUAGAGAGGUAUGAAUAGGCAUAUAAGGUACAAUGUUGUGUAUGUCUGGCCCACCAUACUCACAUGAGCGGGGAUGCAGGAGUCCUUAAGCUGUUUCUAAACCACAACCAUUAAGGGGACUCUGUUAAAAUUUUUUCUUUGUGUCACUGGCUGAGUACAGUCAGUCAAAAAGCCCAAGGCUGAAUCAAUUCAAUCUUUGCAGGUUAGUCUAACCUGUGUAGAUUGAACCAAUAAGCAAGCGAACAGACAUUCUCUCUUGAUUCCAGAAAUGCAGCCACAUGCCCGCAGUGGCUCAGGCCAAAAAGGCGGGGGUGGCAAGACGUUAGAGUAUGCCUCCCUGUUCGUCUGGAGCAGACAGCUUGGGCCAAGGCUUGCCCACCCACUCUGUGAGGGGGAGUUUGUGGGGAGGUUCAAAGCAUCCUGGGAUACUGGGGGACUGAGAGUUAACUUGAAUCUGCAGGGGAUCUGGGAUAAAAGUUCAAUAAAUCAGUUUAACCUAACUCAGUUAAGUCUGAUACUACAUCCAUCCAGGUUUCUCUUAAACUGGUUUUGGCCAUUUUGAAAGCGGUUUAUGUGCACAGAACUUCUGUUGUGUUACAGAUUUAAACUGGCUUCUGAUCACUUAUACCAUUUUGUGUGUAACUUCUGUCCCUAGCUAUUAAGUCUCUGAGAUGAGAGACAUUGAAGGAAUUCACAUUCAAAUGUCUUUUAAAGCCACUUAUGCUAAUUGCUUAUUUUCUAAACUUGAUCCAGUUCAGAGAGUGAAAUUAGACUGUGUAAGCUGGAAUUAGUUUUUAUUCUCUGAUUCUCUACUCUGGCACAUGUAACUGUAUUUAAGUUGCAAGUUUCACAGUUUCAUAGUUGCUAGGGUUAGAAGGGACCUGAGUAGAUCAUCAAAUCCGACCCCCUGCCAUGGCAGGAAAGAGUACUGUGGUCAAACGACAUCGGCAAGGUGUUCAUCCAGCCUCCUCUUAAAGACCCCCAGGGUAGGAGCCAGCACCACUUCUCUUGGAAGUUGGUUCCAGAUCCUAGCCACCCUGACAGUGAAGUAGCGCCUCCUGAUGUCUAGUCUGAAUCUACCCUCUGCCAGCUUGUGACUGUUACUUCUUGUCACUCCUGGGAGUGCUGGGGGGAACAGGGACUCCCCCAAUGCCUGCUGGUCCCCUCUGACUAGUUUGUAACAGGCCACUAGAUCCCCUCUCAGCCUUCUCUUGUGGAGGCUGAACAGGUUCAGGUCCUUUAGCCUCUCCUCAUAGGGCCUGCCCUGCUGCCCCCUGAUCAUGUGGGUGGCCCUCAUCUGGCCCCUCUCCAUGUUGUCCACAUCCCUCCUGAAGUGCAGUGCCCAGAACUGGAUGCAGUACUCCAACUGCGGCCUGACCAGUGUCGCAUAGAGGGGGAGGAUCACCUCCUUGGACCUGCUUGAGAUGCAUCUGUGGAUGCAUGACAAGGUGCAUUUGGCCUUCCUGACCGUGUUCCCACAUUGUCACAGUGCAAGUGUUGCAGUGAAAUCAUUAAAGUGUAAUACAAGUUAGAAGUCACAGGCAAUACAUCAUCUUGUCCUUCAACAGAUCUGCCCCCAAAUUAUAGCAGUCAGAUCACUCCACCAAUCUUCCCCGCCUCCAGCAAAAAUCAGGUUUUGCCCUUUUCACUCCUGUUAAUACUGCAGGUAUAAGAAAGUGAAUGGAUUCUUGACUGAUUCAGGCAUCAGCAGCUGUUUGCUGGUGCGCUGAUCUUGAAAAUGCAUAUGAUUAACUUAACAUGCAAGUGUUUGCAAGUUCCAGACCUAAGUUCAUCCAAUUAUUGUUAAUAUUCAUGAUGUUGCUGCAACCACAAAAAUAUACCUUGCCUUUACAUUCUAGGAUAACAGUUAGGGAAAAAUAAUCAUUUUCCCUUGUGCACCGAGGAGGUUUGAUUUAAAGUUCAAUAAAAUAAUAAUAAGGAAUGCUAUAGCGCUUUCUGUGUAGACUCGCUUUACAAAUCGGAAUGGCACUAAAAGAAAGUUAGUAUUGACUUUGCAAAAAAAUGAUGUCAAUGCUUAUUUAUUAGAAGAUGUUGAGACUAAAGAAAGUCUAUGCUAACGAAAGUGUCCAUUUAGAAAUGUAGCUUUCCUUGUACUUUACCUUGAGGAAGUCACAUCCUUCUGACAACACAGUAUGGUAGGCAAACACAUCUUAAUUGUUGCAUAGAGGCCUUCUACAAAAGUAUAACUUUUAUUUGCAAAUAUUAAAUUCAGAGAAAACUGUAGAUGACAUGGCCAAAAGGAGAAAGACAAUUUUGUGAUAUUGGUUUCUCUCACUACUUUGUUUUUAAAUUAAAAGCUGUUUUGGGGAGUGGCUUGUUUGUAUUUUUCUUCUCUGUUUAAGGGAAAGAAUGUUAUGCCAAUUAUAAAGCAACAUAUUAUAUAGUAUCUAUAAUAUACUAUAUAGUAUAGUAUAAUUCAGCUAAGUUUACUGCUUCUCAAGUUGUUUCAAUAUAUAUUUUGGUUGUGCUACAAAACGUUUUCUAUUUCUAUAAUAUGUCAGACAGGCAGAAAAUGCCAAAGUGUUGAAAGGCCUGAAAAGGAUUGCCUCAGGCCUCUCAGGAAAACAGGGGCAGAUUAACACUUUAAUAUGUAUUUUUAUUGAUUUUUAUUGACUUGCAUCAUUUUUCCUCUUUGAUGACUUUAACUGUUCUGAAUGGCAUAUCUUGCACCCGAGCACCUAGGUAUUAAUAGAUCUAAUAGCAUUUAAAAUUAAAUUGGUGGCUUAUAUCAGGCAAUUCAUAGCUGAUCAAAAGUAUUAGCAUCAUUUCAGCGACCUGCAUGGAAUGGAUUGGUAAAGUUGUAUAUGAACCUUAUCCAGAUAUAUAAAAGAUAGAUUGGGCAGGCUAUGAAGUCUGGGAGUGAAAUCUUAGUCCAACAAGUCAAUUGUAACUUUGCCAGUGACUUCAUUGGAGCUAGUAUUUCAGAACACCUGACUGUCCCCAAAUUUCAGUCCUCUAACUAUCAGUCUUACGGCAUUGUUCGUCAGCACUACAGUCUGUAAUGAUUGAAGUGGGAAAUAGAGUUAAAUACUGUGUCUUACAACCCUAAUCUGUUUUCCUUGCAAAUGAAGUUAAUUCAUAUUAUAAGGAAGAAAUGGGAAAAUUACUAUUGUUUUAUUGGAAACUGUUGUUUCCAAGAGAUCCCAGCAAGGAGAUUUAAUGGUCAGACACAUAGGACAGGUCCUAGGCUAUAGUUGACAUACAUCUGUGAAGUUGAAGGGCAAGAUGGGUGUGCAUGUGAUGGAAAGAGGAUCUAAACCUACUUAGUCUUUUCCUUAAACCUCAGGCCAACUAGAUGGCUUUAAGGUACACUGAGCUUCCCAAGGGUGGCAUAGAACUUCCAUAGUCAUCUGAGAACUUGGUCAAAACAGCCGCUGAAUAUUAGGUGCCAUUGAAGCAGUGUGAAGCAGCCAUGUAGAGUGAAGGAUCAGGUCCUUAAACUCUAAUCCCUCCCCCCGCAUCAGUAAUUAUUCAAAAAAUAUUACCUACAAAAUAAAAAGCCACAACCUUCAGCUUUGGAGGGGAAAAGAUCCUAAAGGUGACAUAUAUUUAGGGUUUUCUGUUUACAUAUCUUUAAAAAAGAAAAGAAAAAAAAGCAUUUGUGAAGAUAUAGAGGCUUUAAUUCAACAAAUAUUGCUUGGCAGCUUUGUGUAGCUGACUUCAUUUUCUUUGAGAAAGUAAAUCUAUAAUAAAAACAGUGUCAUUUUAGAAA